UUUGAAUUGGUCAGGUAUUUAUGUUCACGUCCGGUAAUUUGAUCGAAGGUUACUGCAGAUUUCUUACUAUUUUUAACCCUGACCACAACAUAUUGCAGACUAUUGAGUUUUAGUAAUUAAAGUGUUGCACUUCUUCUGGUUAAGCGGUGCAAACUGUUGGUAUUUACUGAUUUUAUUAUAAUGAACUUUCCAACCAAGUUUUAUGGUUGUUGUGAUAGAGCAUUUGUGAGAUAAGGGUUGAAAGAACAGUUCCUAAAAGAGUUGUAUUCAUAUACAUGCGAAAAAUUUAUUUUCUACAUACUGUUAAAAUAAUAUAUAUAAUUUAAAAAAUGAAUGACUCUUUCUUGGAAGACUUAGAAUUAGUACCUGCUGAUGUUAAAACUGUGAAUGCUUAUCAAGUAGAUCGGCAUGUAACAACCAGAACUGCAACAUCCUCCCCCUUACAUAAGGCAGAGAAUGUGCACCAUAGAAUUGAACCAGUUGUUCUUGAAAAGCAGCAAUCUGUUAAGGAACUACAUGGAAAAGAUUUAAGGAAGCUGUCUGAACAUGACACUAGAAAAUAUCAAGCCAAGGUAAAAGUAUCUGAAAGGAAGGAGAGAUCUGUUGAGGGCAAGUUGAAACCAAUUGAGAAUAGAGUAAAAGGUGAUGGCAAAGAGCAUGAAGUUAAAGAUGAUGUUAAAACAAAAAUGAGAGAGACAAGAGUUAGGAUUUCUGAGAAUAAAAUUAUUGGGAAAGAUAGAACCCGCCGUUCUGGUAGUUGUAAAGAGAACAAUCAGACCCCAGAUGUAUCUGUUAAAGAAAACAGUAGACCUUCUGAUUGUUCUAAAGAAGGUACUUCCCAAAUGGAAGUUCCCAAAGACAAAGGAAAGAAACCAGAUUUCAAAGAAACUGAUCCAGUUGCUUUCCUUAAUGCCAUUAAGGACAUAGUAAGCAUCUGUACUAAACAGGAAAGCACAAAAAUUUUGAGAGCAAUGCAGGAACUACACUUUAAUUCCCAAGCUAAUCUUAUCAAACAUCUCUUAUUUCAAACAGAAGAAAUAGUGAAUGAAAUACAUCCAAGCAAAGAUUCAACCAGAGUAAGAAGUUUAAUUGAACAGAAUGAAAGGCAACAAGAGGACAUUGUUAUCUUGCAAAAGAGGAAUGAAGAAUUGCAGAAGAAGAUGGAGGAAUUUGAAUUUCUUAAACAAGAGAAUAUUGCAUUGAAACUGAAAUGCAAAGAGUUAUCUAAAGAAUAGCAAAAAUGUACACUGCUGUGAUCCUAGGUUCUUAGAAUUUGUUGAUUAACAUGUAUCCAUUCCAUUUCAUUGUUAUUAUCCUUGAUUAUCAUUAAUUAUUAACAUUGAGUAUGAAAAUAUAAGGCAGUUCUGUAACUAUCUCGUACUUUCCACGAAUUUAGCAACACAUGGCUACGUUAUCAUUAUCCACGCUAUCGUUGCCCCGAUCCCCAUAACCGUACGGUUUCAAAAAAAAACGGAUGAGUGGAAUUUACCCAAUUAGAAUCACGCCACGAUAAGAGUCCACUUAAUUAGAACCAAAUAAUUGUUGCUCAAAUGAAAGAUGUAUUUACGCUUAUAUCAAUUACUCGAUUAAAAUCGUAUCUAGUUAAAUCUGAUAAAAGUUUUAAAAAAUUCGAUUUUCCAUUUUGAUAUCUUUGAGACUGUCUAUCCGUUUCUACUUAGUGAUAAUAAUUGAUAUCGUAAUGAGAAGUAAUUGUUCACGAGCGUUUUAACUGUACGAUACUUUCCACGUUGUUAUGUAUUUACAAUUUAUAGCAAAGAAGAUGAUAAUACGUGCGUUGGAAUGAACAAAGUCGUAUAUUUUUUAACGUUUUUAUUAAUAUUUUUAAGAGCUAACGUUUGAAGAAAAGUAUUAGUCCUCCUUAAACCGUGCUUCUUGUAAUAUUUUAUUCCAAGUUAAUUUAAAAAUAUAUUUAUGGAAUCGAACGGCGACUUGUAUGUAUAUCCUUUUGAGUGAGAGAAAUAAAUAAAUGAUCAAUAGAA